GACGUUAACGGUUCCGUUAACCCCCGAGACCAGGCUGCAGCAAACAAGCGGCUGAAUGAAAAUCCAAGAUGGCGGCUGAGGUGGAAUACGAGUCGGUUCUGUGUGUCAAACCUGACGUCAAUGUUUACCGAAUUCCACCGCGAGCGUCGAACCGCGCCGUCAGGGCAGCUGAUUGGAAGUUGGACGCUCCUGACUGGACAGGCCGAAUGAGAGUGACGGCCAGGGGAAAAGUUGCCUAUAUUAAACUAGAGGAUAAGAUCUCAGGGGAGCUGUUUGCUCAAGCCCCGGUGGAGCAGUAUCCUGGUAUUGCAGUCGAAACUGUAAGUGACUCAAGCCGCUACUUUGUUCUUAGGAUUCAAGAUGACGGCGGUCGUAGUGCCUUCAUCGGCAUCGGAUUUGGUGACCGGGGAGAUGCGUUUGAUUUCAACGUGGCUUUGCAGGAUCAUUUCAAGUGGGUAAAGCAGGAUAAUGAGUUGAGUAAGCAGGCUCAAACUCCAGACUUGGGCCCUAAAUUAGACUUGGGUUUUAAAGAAGGUCAGACCAUCACUCUUAACAUUGGGCAAAGCAAAAAGAGAGACAAGUCCCGUCCACAAAGUUCAGGUGGCCUUGGACUGCUUCCACCUCCUCCGAGUGGCAAAAUUGCUCCGCCUCCUUCAGUCACCUCCACCAAUAACAACACAGAACCACUAACGAGUGGCAGCAACAUAGGUUGUUUGCUGGACCUAGACAGCAAUGAUUCUAACACUUUGGUCCAGCCAACUCCUCCUAGCACAAAUGCUGACCUGUGGGGAGAUUUUACAUCUGACAGCUUGUCAUCUCAGUCCUCCAAGCCGGAGUCUGCCUCCACAAACUGGGUCCAGUUCUGAGUAUGUGAUCGCACUGCUCACUUCAUGUCCCUGUUCCUACUCGUCAAACACUAAAGCUAGCUAUCACUUAUGUUUACCUGUACCCCCCCCCCCCCCCCCCCCCCCCCUCUCUCUCUCUCACACUCUCACACACUCACUCACACACACACAUUUGUCCUCUGUCCUUUUUUUUUUUUGCACUGUUAAUUUAUGACGUCCACAUUAAUGUUUGGUCAAACAAUUAUUUAUUUUAUUUAUUUAUGUAUUCUACAUUCAUAGUCUUGAGAGCCUCGAGAAGGACAUAUAUUAAUUAUGUGUAUAUUUGGAAAUGUGUUUACUUUAACAGGAACAAGUUGUUAGGUGGAACAAGCUCAUUUUCUAAUGCGAGCUCAAAGGUGUUCAGUGCAAAUGAAAUGAUUGUGUCACCCUCUGGUGGUGUCAAUGCAAAAAAAAUUUAGUAAUGUGAACCAACUGUGGUACUGGUGGCACUGCUUUUCGUUUUCCAGUAUCAGUGCUCCUUCCUGACGAUAUGCAAUUAGUCUCAUUGGAAAUAAGUCAUUCGUUCAUUGCUGUGAAGCACUGAUAAAGAUUUAUGGUGUUAUGACUGCACCUUCACCUUUGCUUUCUGUGAACUGCACUAAUAUGUGGAAUGGCUCUAAUAAAGCCUAAUCUGUCCUAGCAGCAAUAUUCAGAUGAAUGCCAUCAUAUUGAAAUAAGAGGUCAAAGUCCCAAUGCCUUGCGAUAGCACAUACUUUUUGUGGCUAGACCAAAUUUUACAUACUUAAAAGACUCUACAUAUAAAUGUGUGUCUCACAUGACAGAUUGCAGUGUUCUAGUGUGCAGUACAGAUAAUUGAGCUAUUUUAUGUGACUGUAACUGUGACAAUGUUUAUUUCUGACUGAGGUGAAUCGGCUGUUACUGCAAUUAGCAGGAAGCAGAAUUUAUUUUGUCUUUUUUUUUUCAUCGUGUGUGUUCAUUCUAGUCAUAUAAAACAAAUAUGUAUAAUCUCAAAAACACUAUGUUGUAUAUGUAUAAAUAUAAAAGUUAAUGUAAUAAACAAUACAAGUUGAUUCAUGAGAAAGUGACCAUUUGGACUUGAAUUAUUGUUCUAAUACCAUUAUAGAACCAAAUUAUUGUCAUGAAAGGAAAUAUUUUAUUUGCUAUAUGAGCAUCAUACUUUUUACUUACACUGAAACACUGAAUGAUAAAAGAUGAACUCAUGAAAAUACAGAUAUUGAUAACGUGAAUAAUGUGGAUAUAUUCAGCAAAAUAUCAGUCCAUAUACACAGUAGGGUCCAGAAGUCUGAGAGCACUAGUGACAAUGCUUCUAUUUUGCUUUCUUUUCUAAUUUGAUACAACAAUUUUCAUUACACGUUAUAUCAUUGACAACAACUUGGUAUGUCCCCUUUUUGCUUUAAUGACUGUGCACUCGAGCUGACACAGACUCCACAGGUUUGUGCAAAACCUUAUGCUGCAUUUGAAAUCAAAUCCAUUGGACUGUAGUCUGAACAUGUGCUUCAAUAGAAGAGAUUAGA